AAAUCAUUUGAUAUGGGAAUUCUAUUACACGAACUGGAUUGGAAUUAGUUAGUUUUGUUUCACUGCUAAUUAAUUCCUUGAUCUUUUUGAUAGGAUAAAUAGUAAUUAUCUUGCAAAUGAGCGUAAUAUGCAUUCUGCCAAAAUAUUUUGUGCAAAAUGAUGAUAUCUGACAAAGCAUUUCAUAUAUAAAACUAAACAACUUGAUAUGCGAUAUAUCAACAUAUGAAUCAAAGUAUAAUAAAAGGAUACCCAAUACCCUUUAAAUAUAAAAUGUAAUAUAUACAGUGUAUUAUUCAGGUUAUAUCGGACAUAAACAUUUAUAUACGGAGCAUUGACACAUAUAGCAUGUGAAUUAUAGAUAACAGAUUUUAAUUGACAUGAAGGACUGUUAAAAAAACUUCGAGGGGGAACAUACAACAAGAUGAAAGUGGACGGGAAAGUAGCACUGAUUACGGGAGGCGCCUCUGGGAUGGGAAAAGGAUUUGCAGAGACCCUAGUAGCUGCUGGGGCAAAGGUAUGUGUGGUGGAUUUCAACCGUCAGAGCGGAGAGACUACAGUGAAUGAACUUAAUGCAAAGCACGGAGAUGGCAAAGCUAUAUUCUGUAAAUGUGACGUCACAUCUCAGACAGAGUUUGAAGAGGCCUUCAAGCAGACGAAAGAUGAGUUGGGCGGGAUUGACAUAGUUGUAAACAACGCAGGUAUUGCUAGUGAAUCAGACGACAAGUGGGAAAAAGUAGUUGAUGUCAACAUGAAAGGGACCAUCCGAGGGACCAGACUAGGCAUGCACUACCUCAGUAAAGAUAAUGGCGGAAAUGGAGGGAUCAUUGUAAAUGUUGCCAGUGCUGGAGGAAUCAAUCCAAACCCUUUCUCACCAACAUACGGGUGUACAAAAGCUGGCAUUGUUCAUGCUACACGGUGUUAUGCGAUUUCAGAAGAAGCAGUAAAGUCUGAUAUCCGGCUUAUGGUGUUAUGUCCAGCAUUUGUAGACACGCCAAUGCUACAGAACCUGUCAUCAGGGGACGGUACUCAGGUUAUUGGUGGAGACAUGACCAAAGUCAACGCAUUCAUAGAACAUAUAGGAGUUAUGUCCGUGGAGGAAAUUGCAGCAGUAUUUAUGGAAAUGAUUGAAGACGACAGUAAGAAUGGUCUGAUACUCAGAUGUGCCAAAAAGACUGGAAAUCAGUAUUGUACAUUGGCUGUGGAGAAUGUGUAACGUGUAUGUUUGUCCGAGUCAGUGACAUAAGAAGGCAGGACAAUGAAUUGUGUUUAGAAAAUUGAUGCUGAUGAUGUAAGGGAAACAGACAGCAAGAAGUUUAGACAUUCAUAAAAAGUGCGGGAUACUGUUUUUACUCUUGCAAUUGUGCCAUGCUUCCAUACAUGAGUAACAGAAAAGCAGUUGUUCAAGUUUCAAAUCGAAUAUGUUGUAAACAAUAUGUCGGUGUUUCGUAAUAUGUUAGGGUUUACUCGACAAAUGUAGACAAAUGUACAAUAUAACCUUUUUUCCAGAACUAUUUUAGCAUGAACAAUUUAACAUGUGUAGGAAUUCAUUUGAUUGAUGCUUCAAAUAGCAUUCAAACGCAUAUCAUUUCUCUAAACAUCAACACAAUAUAUACAUUUUGUGUUCUGAUUAAAUUUUAGUAGUGAAAGAGAUUUAGCUUUUCGAAUUUAUAUGUAUUCAAUUUCUAAAUGUAUCUGAAUUUUCUCCUUUUUACAUUUAUUAUAACUGAGAAUAAUAAUUUGUAACAUAAAAAGAAGUAUCAUUUUCAUCUACAUCUAUGUUAUAAACUCUGUGGCUGAUAAAAAUUUCAACUUUUUGUCAUCUUAAAAGUUUGAUUAAUCCCCCGUCGUGGCGGAGGGAUUAUAGGAAUGGUCUCCGUCCGUCCUUCCGUCCGUCCGUCUUUCCGUCCGUCUUUCCGUCCGUCCUUCCGUCCUUCCGUCCGUAACAAAAUCGUGUCCGGUCCAUAU